UUAUGAUACCCACGUGCGACGCCUUUUACAAAUUUCACAUGACAGUUCUAUUUGAAUUGGGAAAUAUAUUUUGAACUAAAACCGUAAUUGCGAGAAUGCUCAGUCUGAGGAAUGGAAUCUUCGCGGGAAAUCUUCUCGGCAGCGGCUUUUGCCUUCAGCGAUUUGCGACCUGUGCUUGUCGCUCUCCGCGAAAGCCUCUGGCGGGAAACUCCCCGAAGAAACCAUUCAAGCAACUGAACAAUGACUCGGAGGAGCAGAAGCGCAUAUCGGUCCUGAUAGAGCUCGGGUGUCAAUGUCCUCAGAAGUCACGCAAGGAGCGUUGGUUCUCUAUCAACCAGCGCAUUAUUCUGGCCCUGGCCACGGCCCUGAAUCGUCCUCCGGAUUUAGUGUCUGACUUUUUGCACACACUGACCCUCCAGAACUUUGCAGAGAUCCUUUCUCCCGCCGGGACCUUAGGACCCUCUUGUAGAGUUCCCUAUGUGAACGGCUUUGCCUGUGAUAAUUUUAUGAGAAUUUUUGAUACUCAUGGAAACGUAAGGAGCCGCUUUAGUCAAGACUCACUGCAGCUACUAAUGCGCGCCGUGCAAACUGUUUUAAAGCAAUCUCCACACAAGGAGCUCCGCGCAACUGACGCAGGCUUUAGCGGCCAACGUGGCACAACUAAAAGGGAUUCCAUAGCGCGUAGAGCUGGCAUCGAUCGCGACUCUAUCGCUCAUCAAAACGGCAGGAGGCGAUUAAAAAACUCGGAAGCGAGGGCCUCAGAAAAGAGAAGCUAUCUUAACAUGGGGCUGGAACAACGACCAGUGGAUCCUGGAUAUGUUUUCGGGUCAAGCCUUGAAUCCGCGGGCCUAGAUGUCAUGUAUACGCCCGAAAAUUGGGCGCUUGAGGAUUCAUUUAUCUUAGAGCGGACCAGGCGGCUCGCCAAAUUGCUUUUUCAGGUGAAUGAUAAGACGUAUCUAACGCGCGAUACCGAGAAACUAAUAACUGCCAUCAAAGAGCUCAAACUGAAUGGUACUGUUACUAAUCCAAAACAGCCCUCAAGUCAUACCAGCAUUGCUAAGCGAAUUUCCGAUUCGUACUAUGAAAGGGUCAAGGCCUCUGCAUCGAAAGCCCUUCUUAAGAGCUAUUUGGCUCGCGGCUCGAGGAAAAGAAAGAAAGCCAGUGAUAGUGAGGCAGUUCCUAGGCAGACCACGAACCGACAGUACUAUGGCGAUCCGCUCCCGGUGCUCCUGCACGAACCGUUUGAUCGGGAAAAGCCGUGGACCUGGUUACGCCGCCAUCCCCACCAGAUGCGCAUGGAUGGAACGGGUAAGGUGACACAGGGAACUAUCCGUCGCUACCGACGCGACACGAUAGAGCAGCUGAUGCAGACGGAAAAGGAGCGAUCUUCGGUGAUCACUGUGAUUUCCAUGGGUGAUGAUAACGCAGCCGAGAAAGCGCAGCCCAUGUUUGGCCAGAAAGCAUCUAGGAACUAGACAUUGGACUCCCCGUUUCCCCGAUCGUGGAUUAACAAAAUUUACAUAGAAAAAAUUAUAUGUGGCGAUCCAAAAGCGAUCCAUUAACCUGCAUAGUCUAUGAGUAAUUAAAUAGUCAAGAUUUAUAAUACUUACAUAACGAACAAUUUAAAUACA